AAUAUGACUCAAAAAGAAGAUUGUACUUCUAAAAAUAACAAUAUUAAUAAUGAUGAGCAAAUCAUUCAACAAGAUAUUGUUCAACAAGAUACUAUCAUAAAUGAUUCUAAUGAAGCAAAUAUUCAACCUAAUAUUUCUAUUGACAAUAAUGAAGGUAAAUCUUCUAAACAUGUAGAGGAGCAAGCUAAAAAUCAAGAUAUAAUAAAAAUGACUGAAAAUAUAAAUAUGUUUAGUACUAAUGAUCAAAUUACAUAUGAAGCUAUUA